CCUUUUUGACUAUUACUUAGAACGAGUGACUCAUAACCUUUUGGAAUGACCGAAGGAACAGAAAGGAGCACCGACAAUACAGGAAUCAGCGUGUGGCACUUAAUUAAUGCUCCUCAGGUCUUCGCCACUGGAAACAAAAGCCACGUUGCUGCUGGGCUCUCAGGCAGCAGGCAUCUCUGCGACAGAUAUCUGGAUAAGUAAAAGCCAAAAGCAUGUGCAUAUCUCCACGGGGGAGUAGCCUAAGGAGGAAAAUAUGUUUCUGUGUUUUUGCUGAACUGAUCCAAAGGCCAAAGUGCUAAUUCAUUUCAACUCCAUUCAAGUGAAUGUGAAGAGGAAGUUCAAGUCUGAGAAUAACCACGCUGCUGUCUGCAGACGUGACUGUAGCUCAUGGGGGUCUGCGAGUGGACAUGAGCCAGAGCUGCAGUGCCGGAGGAGGCAGAUUUGGUUUCACCCCUGGGUGUGCUUUGUGCAGGUCUGCUUCUCACACCAGGGCAAACAAUAUUUCACCAUGUGGUAUGGAACCUGCAGACCUGCCCGGAGGAUUUCACCACUCCUAAUGAUGGAAAAUUAACGCUCCAGUGAACUGAGCUAAAUGCCCCUACUGACAUUUCUAAACUAUUUGCAAAAAAAGGAAAAAGAAAAGAAAACGGGGGAUCACUCAGGAUAUAUGUCUGUUGAUUUGGGCGUAAUGAGGGGAACCUGUCAGACACAUUUGUUUUAAUUUCCAUGGAGAGCCAGAGAUUAACUCAGGGGAGGGAAGCUGUCAAGAAAGCGACUGGUGAUAAAAUACUACGAGCCAUAAUUAGAAAUCAAAAAUGCCUCUAAGCCCCAAAGGAGUAAGAAUUUCGGUGGGGGGGGGUCUUUGACUGAGAAGACAAAUUUGUCCACAUGGUUCACCUGAUAGGAGGAAACCAAAUCUGCUGAAUGAAGAAGAGGUCUUUGCGCAUAUUAUACAGACUCCUCCCAGACAUGCCGGGAAGAAAACCUCCUGUCACAGUAGAAGCCUGCCACUGACAGAAGCUCCAUCCACUGAUGCUCAACAAAGCCUGAAACUUUCACAUACACCAGACAGCAUGAGAGCUUUGACUCCGACCGUGGCGGUGCUGUGGGUGAUAACAAUGCCCUGCCUGCAAGCAAUCCACGGACUGUAUAACUUCGGCCAGCAUGAACUAUUCUACAAGAAGAACAACUGCAAGGCAAUCCCUGCGAAUCUCCUGCUUUGCCACGAUAUAGAGUACACGGAGAUGCGCCUCCCGAACCUGCUCGGACACGAAACCAUGAACGAAGUACUGCAGCAAGCGUCGUCUUGGAUCCCGCUGGUCCAGAAACAGUGUCACCCGGACACGAGAAAGUUCCUCUGCUCUCUUUUCGCUCCGGUCUGUCUGGACGAUUUGGACGAGCCCAUACAGCCGUGCAGGUCUCUCUGUGAAAACGUCAAGCGCGGCUGCGCGCCCGUGAUGUCCGCCUUUGGCUUUCCGUGGCCAAAGAUGCUGGACUGUGAGCGCUUCCCACUCGACAAUGACCUGUGCAUACCGCCUGCAAGCAUCGACAGCACUGCGCCAGCCACCAAAGAGGCGCCCAGGGUGUGCGAUGCUUGCAAGGAAACCGAUGAAAAUGACAACGAAAUUGUUGAGAACCUCUGCAAAAAUGACUUUGCUCUGAAAAUCAAAGUGAAGGAGAUCGCCUACAUCAACGGCGACACCAAAAUAGUGCCGGACACGAAGAGCAAGGCAAUCUACAUGGUGAACGGCGUGACGGAGCGAGACCUCAGGAAGACUGCGCUGUGGCUGAAGGACGGGCUGCAGUGUAUCUGCGAGGAGAUGGACGACAUCAACGCCGCAUACCUGGUCAUGGGCCAGAAGAUGGACGGCCAUCUGGUCAUCACCUCGCUGAAGCGCUGGCAGAAGGGACAGCGCGAGUUUAAAAGGAUUUCACGCAGCGUCCGCAAGUUACAGUGCUAGGGAAGAGGGGGAGGAAGAGGUGGGGUGGGGUGGGUACCUGCAUGUUAAGGUCGAAGGUCAAGUUUUGUUGAGGGAGUCCUUCUUUUGUGGUCGCAGUUCUGGUUUUUCUGCUCUAGAGCGCAGCAAAGACAUUUGCUUGGCCUCAGAGGACGCACAGCUUCCUGUUUCUCUCAUCGGUUUAUCAUUGAAUACAGAUAAUGUUUAAAAAAGAAGAAGAAGUUGAAAUGGGGUAUAAAGUAAAGAUAAACCAAAUGAAUAAACCAAAAAUCUUUUAUUUGACUCUAAAAGUAUAACUGUGGUUUUUAUUGUGAAAAUCAGAUCCAGACAGACUUCCAUUGAGUUUGUACGCACCGGUAACAUUAGUGCCCCCUAGCGGCCAAUUUCAAACUGUGCGUCCUUCCCUAGCGAAUGGUCUUUGCUGCGGCCCCAUCAGUUGCAGUUAAUUGCGCUCAGCUGCUGUCCAAGGUCUAGAGGAAUCACAAAUUACACGGAGAGAGUGAAAACUAGCAAAGCUUUGAGUCCAGGAUUUAAAAAUGACUGACUCUACUAAUCACUGGCAGAUGUGGCAUCCUGGUAAAGCUCACAGAGUGAGUUCGUUCGUCAGACUUUUAAGACGUUUUUCUCAUCUCUUCCAGGAGGUCAAAUCAGGUGUUAAAUCUUUUAACAUUAUAGUUUUUUAGCCGUCAUUUCUAUAAAAGCCCCAUUUAAAAUCAACAACAACAUGCAGACCUGGACAGCUUUGAGAUCAGCAGUAACACAUCUGGUGUACUGCUUGGAUUAAGUUAACGAAGUAUUCUCAUUUUAUAGAAAGUCACUUCUGCCUCAGACGCUAAAGCGGAUUCAUUUUACACAGUGCCCAGCGAUUAAAGCUGUGAUCCAGGGGUGCUUAGCGCGACAUUCAAAUAUUUGUGGUUUUGUAUUCCUACCAUUUCCUCAAAUGAGAGAUAGCUGGCUAUAUUCUCUUCCCGUUCAGUAUUUUAAUAAUUCUUGGUAAACGUUUUGUACUUGAGCAACUGCAUAAUUUUCUACCACCAUAUGAUAAAAAUAUUUUUUUACUCCUAGACUUUCACGUGUCAUGUAAACGUUCAACUUUGCAUCUUCAUUCUGAGUGACGCAAACUGCUUCUUGGUAUUUUUGAUUGGACGGUGGCGGUUUUGUUGAGCAGGUAGCUUGGUAAAUACAAGUAACUGUGUGUUUGUGUGUGUGCUUGAAACAUAAGUCAUUUUGGAUGUAUUACAGUGUAAAUAUCAAAUACUGUCAUUUAUUCUUGUGUAAAGUUUGCAGCAAUUAAAAGAUACAAAGUUAA